AUGGUAGCAGAUGAGGUCGAUAAGGGCAUGGAGGAAGCAAACGAGGCAUCAAGAGUGAAAAGGCAUCGUGUUCUAAAUUUUUUUUCUGAUGAUGAUGGUGCCACAGCCGUCAAUGAGCAUUUGUCCUCUGAAGUUCGGGAGGACUCGACAUCAGCAAAAAUAUGCACACAAAAUUUACAGUCGAAUCUCACGUGUUCAGAUGAUAGAUUUCUUUUCAGUAAUGAAGUCUUGGAUCCAUCCUCAGAUGAAUGGAUGGAGAACUAUUUCAAUGAUAGUGAGAUGUAUUGCAACUCUAAAUACAUAUCUUUUCCUUUCCAUGCUUCAUGGUUGAAUUUACAUAGUUGUUAUAUUCUGUUGAUAAUCUAG